AUGAAGCGUACCGCCGCCGCCGCCGCCGCCGCCGCCGCCGCCGCCGCCGCUCAGGCCGUACCGCCCGAGGACGUGGCGCUUGGCCCCAGUAUCAGCGAAGAGCCAGAGGCCCAAGAAGUUGUGGACAAUGUACCCGUGGCCGAGGAUGAGGAACUCGCUUCAACUCGUGAAGAUGAGUAUCUAGAGGGCUUUGAUGCCGAUGUAACGGUCAUCGCCGAGGAAGAUGAGGACGAGGCGCUCGACGUGAGCUGUGAGAAAGAGACAGCCGGUCCCGUUGAAGAGCAUCUCGAAGACCUGUUUGGGGAUGAGACGACUGAAGUACACCCGUCCGUGGCGGCAGCUGCCGCCGCGCUGGCUGCCCAUCAACUGGCGGAGGAGCAAGCCGAGGUAGUGACAGAGGACGACCACCUCAGCGUGGUCAGCCUCGACUUUCACGACGAAUACUGCGAAACGGAACUUGAACUUGAAUACUCGGACGCAGACACAUACGACGACGAUGAUCCUCGCGAAGCCUACGAACACUUUUGUCGCACGCACGAUAUUCCUCCACUUCGCGUGUACACGGACCAGUGCCAGGAGCCGUGCAUUCGACUACACUACGUCCCCGUCAAUCUGCUCCAGGCCCAGGGUUUGGCCGCAGCGUUUGCCGUGGCUCACUCCCUGACCGCCCUUGACCUGCAAGAUUGCCAACUCAAGGAUGCAGGUCUUUCCGCCAUUCUGCACGCCCUUCAAGAUCACAACGCUCUCUGCUACCUUGACAUUUCGUGGAACUCAAUUCGAUCCGGCGCCGUCAGUGCACUCACCGACCUGCUGGCCAGCAGAGCCAGCCUGCAGACCUUGAAGAUUGCCGGUUGUGGCCUGAACGAUGCUCACAUUGAAAGCCUGGCUGAGCCAUUGUCCGACCAUUCAUCGUGCGUUCCGAAGAUGUUUGCUCAAAAGCAUGACAUUCUUGAUCUUCUCGAUGAGAUCUGUUGCCUUACCGAAAGUGAAUCUGAUAAAGCGCUUGCCCAGAUUACCAACUCGGACCUCGUGUAUCUGGACCUGUCCUGGAAUCAAUUGCGUGAUCGCACCGCCAUUGAGACGGUUCACUCGCUUCGUAACAGCGUCACGCUCAAAGUGGUCAAGUUGGACUGGAAUGGCCUUGCUGAUAGUGGAGGCCUGGCUGUAGCAGAUUGCGUGCGCAACAACUCCACCAUAGAGGAGCUCUCCGUGCGCGCCAAUCGUAUCUCGCGCGAUGCCGCCGACGCAAUUGCCAGUGUCCUCAAGAGCAACACAUCUUUGCACCGGCUGGAUCUUUCCCUCAAUCCGAUCAACCUCAACGUGGUGGAUACCCUUUUCGCUUCGAUGAAGACAAAUCGCAACUUGCAGUCUGUUUUGCUGGAGAAAGUUCCCAUCUCAUUCGAGCUUCGAGCUCAGCUGAAGAAAAUGGUCACGCCUUCUGAAAAACUAUCCUCGCUGCGCAACGAACUUGCCACUAGCGAGGCAGAAAACAUCAAGCUACAUCAGGAGCAAUGCUGCCUCAAACAUUGGACGGCCUUGGAAAAGUCGCUGGAAGACCUGGGUAGCUCUAAAAAUGAGCUGCGCUCGGCCGUAGUGCAACUCCUGCAGCAAUGCGUUCAGUCUGUGCGCUUAUCCCACUCCGCCACCGAGGCCACUGCAGCUCACAAAGAAGCUGAGGAGCUAUGGCAAGGACUGCUCAAUCUUCUUGAGCAAUUGCCGACCGGCACUGCCGUCCGAGACUUUUGUAAACUGCAACGCAAGAUGGAUCCUCUCGCGACCGCGUCCUCCGUGAAGCUUUUGCAACCACGUCUACAAAGCUUGGCACGGGCUGCUGAGCGCGAAGCGGCUCAAAAAGCAUACCGACGGCCCGAGACGUUUGGCACCAUGCCUGAAAAGACUGUGGUGCAGGAGGAUUUGAGCGAGCAAGAUGAGCUGCAUGACCUUGUUGAGCACGGCGUCGAGGCAGGUACUGUGAACCACCAAGCACAAGCCGCCGACAUUGAGGCGAAAGAAACCUAUGCCUCGGCCAUGGGUCUCUCCCUUGAGGAUGAUGUGGUGGCACUCCCCGAAGGCACCCAUGAGCUUUCGGCUUGCAUCUUGGCUGUGGAGGCCGUGCAGCGGGCUGUUGAGGAACACGUCCGAUCACGCAGCCUCGAGGAUGAUUCGCAGGCCCUGCAGACCUUGGUUCGGAAAUGCCUCAUAGACCACGCCCAUGGACAGCUGAAUGUGGAGGAGCUGACAUCCAUCCUCGUGGCGUUGGGAAAAGCACGUUACCGGGCCAACCACGCCGGCAGCCUGAAAGGACUCACCUUUGGCAUCUUGCCACACACCCGUGUCCAACAGGCCGAUGAAACACUUGAAGCGGACAUGGAUGAAGGCCUGCGACCCGACCUGGAGGUCGUCGUCGACGAUCACACUGGCGGCGACUUUGUGGGCAAGGAUCCUUGGCGGGUAGUUGAGGAAUUCAUCGAGCGACACAAGUUGCGUCUAGCCGACCUGUUUCGGCGCUUUGACAAGGACGGCAACGGCACGCUUUCGCCAACCGAAAUCCGCCAGGGCAUUGCAGAGAGUGGCAUGCAGCUAGCUCCGGAACAGAUUGAGGACAUGAUUGAGGAAUUGGACCGUGAUGGUGAUGGAAAUGUAGACUACCGCGAGAUGGAUGUCACGCGCCGCAUUCGCAAGACUAAAAUGGCCAACGAAUUUUAUCAGAUAUCGAGCAGCACCUCACCGGGUGUGCCCUGUGGCCACCUCGCGCCGCGAGCACAGAAGGUUGGCAAGCUGCAAGCUACCCCUUUUGGUGAUAAUUCUGUAGUACAAGAUAUUAUGAAGACAAUGGCCUCGGACAUCGUGGGCGUGACGGGCGGCGGUAUCCAUCUGCGCCGCAGGUCCUCUGUAGCCAGCUAG